UUGUCCUAGCUGUCAAAGUCAAAAUAUAAAAUGUCAGUUAUAACAGGUGGUAUUGCGAAUUUGGGAAUUAUUUGUAUUUUGUCAUACAAAAACGGGCCUUAAAGCUUUUGUAUACAUUCUGAGACAUCAAAUGUGACCGAGCACAAAAUGCCGCGAGUGAAAAUAGAUUAUGUUGUCAGUUUCAGCAGCGAGGAUCCCGAGCACCCGGCCAGCAACCUGCUGCUCCGCGAGGUCAGCAAGAAGAAGUGGCUGUGUGCGAAGGGACAGACCACCUGCUCCGUGGUGCUGCAGCUGCCCAGAGCUGUCCAGAUAUCAGCAGUUCACGUUGGUGCCUACCAUGCUGCCCUGGUGGAGGUGCUGGUCGGCCGCUCCGAGACGCCCAGCGAACCAUUCCAGGUGCUGGUGCCGAGCAGCGUGUUCGUGUCGCGCGAGGAGUCGCGCGGCGCCGCGCCCGUGCCGCGCGUGCGCUCCUUCCGCGACCAGCAGCUCGGCCCCGCCCGCCUGCAGCGCUGGGACCGUCUGCGCCUCGUGUGCUCGCAGCCCUACGCCAAGCACUGCCAGUUCGGCUUGUCGUUCGUGCACGUGGACGAGAGCGAGGCCGCGGCGGGCAGCGCGGUGCCGCCGCGCGUGCUGGCGCUCGACACCUACUCGUCGUCGGACGAUGACGACUUCCGGCCCGGCGAGCUGUUCGCGCAACAUUGCGCACGCGCACAACUGCCUGCAAACGACACUGGAGCUCAAAUAAGGCAAGCAACAUCUCAAGCACUGAAAAAUAUCUCACAUUCAUCAACCAAACUCAUGAAAGCUCACAUCAGCAAGCCAGCGGUAAAGCGCUCGGGCGGGCCGGGCGCCGAGGGCGGCACUGCCCGCGACCGCGACUCGCUGCUGUACGACCUCGCUGACCGCCAGCCGCCCGCGCGGUCCAAGCACUUCGACGCCUCCGCGCCCGCGCCGUCACAGCGGGACGACCGGCCGUCAUCCGCGCCGUCACAGCGGGACGACCGGCUGUCACCCAAGCGGUCACACCGAGAAGACCGGCCGUCACCCGCGCGGUCACGCCGAGAAGACCGGCCGUCACCCUCGCUGUCACAACGAGAAGACCGGCCGUCACUACGUGACUCUAUGGCCGCGCCAUCGGCCGGUGACAACCGCUCGCUGCCUGCUAGAAAGAAGCUGAGCGAUCCACAUGAAACUAUUGAGACAUCCACAGGUGCUUUAGAUAGUAGAUGGACAACAAAAACAAAUUGUGACAAAAACGAUAGUCAGGCAAAGAAACGCAGGAGAUCCGACAGCCAGGAACAAACAGGCGACAGCGAGCCGCCGCCGCACGAGCUGCUGCGCGGCGCCGUGCUCGUGCUGUCGGGCUACGCCAACCCCGCGCGGGCCCACGUGCGCCGCGCCGCGCUGGCGCUGGGGGCCCGUCUGCGCCCCGACUGGGGGCCCGGCUGCACGCACCUCAUAUGCGCGUUCCCCAACACGCCGAAGUUGCGCGCGGUGCGAGCGGCGGGCGGCGCCGUGCCCGUCGCCACCGCCGACUGGCUGCACGAGUGUGUGCGGCGCCGCCGCCUGCUGCCCUGGACCUGGUACGCCACCGAGCCGCAGCACCGCACCGCACCCACGGCCGAGGACCUACUCGACGACCCACCAGCGACAUAUUCAGAACACGAUUCUGCGGAAGACACGGACGACGAAAUAGAAAAAGUACUUCAAGAUCAGAAAACGCGCCGACUCACUGAAUCAAAACCGGACAAAAGUAUAGAAGCACGCGCCGACAGCGACGGAGCGGAGUCGGAGUCCUACGACGCCAGCACCGACGAGGAGGCGGCGGCGCCGGGCGGCGCGGCGGGCGGCGCGCUGCCCGACAUGUUCGCGGGGCGGCGCUUCCUCGUGUGCGCCGCGCCCGCGCCGCGGCGCCGCCUGGCGCGCUACGUGCGCGCGCACGGGGGGCUGCUGCUGGCGGCGCAGGACGUGGCGGCGGGCCGCGACGUGGACUACGUGCUGCGCGGCGCGGGCGCGGGGGCGGUGCCGGCGGGGGCGGGGGGGGCGCGGGUGUCGGCGCGGUGGCUGGCGCGGUGCGUGUCGGCGCGGGCGCUGCUGCCGGCUGAUACAUAACAAAUAAAAUACUUUCAUAACAA